AUGGCUUCCGAUAAUACGUCGAAGUCCGGCGAGGUACAACCUGGCCAGACCAUGGAACUCCCGGUGCGAACAGCUGGAGCAUCGGCACCUGCGCCAAACCAGAGCCUAACAGGAAAACAAGAGCACUACCUAAAGCGCGAACUCGUGUCGGAGCAAGUGAAGUGGGAGGUAUCGGAGCUUAACUCGCCCACCGCGCUACGACGGUUUGGCGCACCGUUCAAAUCCUCGUUCGGGGAGGUCUCCCCGCUUGAUUCCGAGCUGCCGAUCCUGAGAUACAUCUUCGUUCACCAUGUCCGCGAGUUUCCGUUCCUCGACAAGGCGAAGGAGAAGGAAUUCUGGCAAGACAAGCUACAGGUGUUCCUCGAGUCAUUUGCGAGCAAAAACAUAUCGUCUUCGGAAGACCGCUUAGAGGAGACUAAGCGAAGGAAGCUAGCCACCAAGGCGAAGAAGAUGGUAGAGCUGAUGAUGGUAUCGGGAAUUCCGACAUCCUCCGGGUUCGAAGAGAGAAUUAGGUUUUCCGAGCUCGAGAUUGUCGAUGCCAAUGCGAUCGAUACCGGUGUUCUCUCUACGCUGCCUGAAGGUAACUACUUGAACGGGUGGGAUGUCAACGUCGCUGGCGUCCGGAUCAUCGCCGUCAAGCGGAAACUGAGGCCACAUAAGCAUGCCGAAUUCCUUCUCCGGGUAAGAAGGAAAAAUGCGCAAGAGCAUUUUGUCGGACGACGGUACGGGGACUUUGCGCGUUUACAUAAGAGGUUGCGCACCGAGUUGCCGGGCAAAGUCCUUCCACCACUCCCCCAGAAGAACAAGUCACAUUCGACAGCGCCCAGUAUCAUCGGCAGCCAUAGUGGGAAUAACUCCGAGACAUCGUCCAUCUCGUCCGUCUCAACCCAGGUCCCGCCCAGUCCAGUGCCCAACGGCCCCGGGCAUCACAGCGAAGCCGUUUCGAGGUUAUUGUCUGUAAAAGGUCAGUUACAUUUCACGUGCCCCGGCUACCAUCGCUCGGGUGACCGAUCUCCUCGAAAUUCUGUCGAUGGCAGGCCGUUAAGCCCCGCGCUCCUGAGUCCCAAACCCCAAGAGACUGUCGUGAUAUGGCGAGAGAGCCAAAGAAUCUCACUACGCGCUUUUCUGCGCACCCUCUUGCACAACCCUCAAAUCGCCAGUACAAAGGCCAUGGAGGAGUUCCUAUCCGCAGACCCGGUAACACUAAGUGACGAGGAUACCGACGACAUUGUGCGCCGAAAGCACGUGGACAAGAAGCGGGUGGAGGAGCAGAAGCAGUUCUACGAGGUUGCGAGGAAGCGCGCGGCCGAGCUGGACGUCUACAUGGAACAGUUCCGCCAGGACAUUGUAGAGCGCAACGGCUUGACCAUGCUGUUCCAGGAAAUCCGCGAGAAGGAGACGAUUCAAGACCUGAGCCUACAGUACCAAAAGUUCGCCGAGUGGUUGCGCAUCGAAGUGGCAGCUACCAUCUAUCACCUCUUCCUCGCCGAGGACAACUCGCCUGAGCUGUUCGCCCAGGCGAAGCGGAUUCACUCACUGAUACCCUACACACUCAUCAAAAAUGCAAUCCGGAUAGCCAACCCAGCAGCUGUCAUGUCUAGCAUCCUAGAUAUCUUCCUGGCUCAACCCUUCGGCACUAGGUCUCUGAUGCAGCGCAUAUUCUCUAUGACGCUCCACGAUGGCAUCAGGACCUUCCAGCGAUCGAUCGAUGCGCUGGGUGAUAAGAUCGGGGAUCCCGUUUUCGUCGAGAAACUGAAGACUUUCACAGACGCUGAGGAGCAAAUCAAGGAGGCGAUCAGGGAGGAGGCCAUCAGCGAAGAUCUCGACGUCAUCGUUGCCAUCCUGAGGUCGGAGCUUGUUGGCCCUGCGCUUGAGCCUGAGCAGAUCGGGAAGCUGUACAAUGCCUAUGUGGCCUUCAACAAUGCGGUCGAGAACGUCGAUGAGGAACUCAGACAAGGCGCCCAGCUCUUCUCAUACCUCAAGCAGCUCCAGAAGCUCUACAUUCGACAGAGGGAUAAGGCCAUGAUGUUGAGUCUCAUUGAGGAGCCGGUCACGCUACAGCUGUUCCGGGACCUAUUCACCAUCUUCUACGAGCCUCUCGUCAGAGUGUACAAGUCGGCCAACGUUUACAACAGCGUGACGGACUUUGCCCGCUUUAUCGAUGAUUUGAUCCAGGUCGUCGACAAGUGCCGCGAGCAGGAUGCUUCCGCGGAUCCUAACCAGACAGUGCAAGCCUUCAUCGACCUCUGCCAGCGGCACGAGCACCACUUCUACAGCUUCGUGCACGAGGUGCACACGCACGACAACGGCCUGUUCACGCAGCUGAUGGGCUGGAUCGAGGGCAUCCUCGAGUUCCUCCGGCACGGCCCCACCAACGGCAGCCUCGACAUCAACGCGCUGUUCGAGGGCGCCACCAGCACCGGCGCCGUCGACCGCGCCAAGGCCGUCGCCGAGAUCGACGAGCUGAUCGCCUGGCAGGAGGCGCGCAAGAAGUGGCACCACGACAAGACGCGCCAGAAGAUGGCGGCCGAGGGCGCGCCGGGCGACGCCGAGGGCGUCCCCGGGGGCGCCAUGGCGUUCCAGUCGGCCGACUUUGGCCUCGACCAGGAGGACCUCGCCGAGAUGGGCUACGACGACGACUCCGAGGACGAGGCCCACGCCGAGGAGGAGGACGAGAUGGACCCCAUCGACGCCGAGCGCAAGCGCAGGUCGAGGCGGCAGGACCGGCUGCGCCGCAAUGCCGGCGAGCCCGCGAAGCCCGAGGUGGAGGAGGUGCAUAAGCUGAAGGAGAAUUUCUUGGUGAUGCUGCGGAUGGUGCUGGCUGACUGCCCCACCUGCCUUCCCUCCGGUCUCCCUGCUGAGCGCACUUCGUCUCUUGGCCCACCAGGCGCGGGCCUCGCCGGCAACUCGGGUAAUCAGCCCUCGCUGAUUGGCUCAGCAGCCAACAGCUCUGGUGCAACAACCCGGACUUGGGGCGGGCGAGAGCAACUGCAAGACGCCGUUGCACAUGAAGGAGGCUCAAAUUAUUUCCCUGAUGUCCACCACCUCCCCCUUCAGACCUCGUUAGACGACAAUGGCAUCCUCAAUGGCUUGGAGACGUCUGGCCACGGCGCCGACGCCCGCAUCAUCACCAACGGCGGGCCCCUCCGUGCGAAGGAGGCAUCACCAUUCCUUAGCAGCAAAUACCCGGUCAUCGACCAUGAGUACGAUGCCCUCGUUGUCGGUGCCGGUGGCGCUGGUCUGCGUGCCGCCUUCGGUUUAGCCGAGGCUGGUUUCAACACUGCUUGCAUUUCCAAGCUCUUCCCUACGAGAAGUCACACCGUCGCCGCCCAGGGUGGCAUCAACGCCGCGCUCGGAAACAUGCACGAGGACGACUGGAGAUGGCACAUGUACGACACCGUCAAGGGCUCCGACUGGCUCGGUGACCAGGACGCCAUCCACUACAUGACCCGUGAGGCCCCCGCCUCCAUUGUCGAACUCGAGAACUACGGCUGCCCCUUCUCCAGAACCGAGGAUGGCAAGAUCUACCAACGUGCUUUCGGUGGUCAGUCUCAGAAGUUCGGCAAGGGAGGUCAGGCCUACCGCUGCUGCGCCGCCGCUGAUCGUACCGGCCACGCUCUCCUCCACACCCUCUACGGUCAGUCGCUCAGGCAUAACACCAACUACUUCAUCGAGUACUUCGCCAUCGACCUGAUCAUGCAGGACGGUGAGUGCCGUGGCGUCCUCGCCUACAACCAAGAAGACGGCACCCUCCACCGUUUCCUCGCCAACAACACCGUCCUGGCUACCGGCGGCUACGGACGUACCUACUUCAGCUGCACCUCGGCCCACACCUGCACGGGUGACGGCAUGGCUAUGGUUGCCCGCGCCGGUCUGCCCAACCAGGAUCUCGAGUUCGUCCAGUUCCACCCCACUGGUAUCUACGGCGCCGGCUGCUUGAUUACCGAGGGUGCCCGUGGUGAGGGCGGUUACCUCCUCAACUCGGAGGGUGAGCGUUUUAUGGAGAGGUAUGCGCCGACGGCCAAGGAUCUUGCCAGCCGUGACGUCGUUUCUCGUUCCAUGACCAUGGAGAUCCGUGACGGCCGCGGUGUCGGUCCUGAAAAGGACCACAUCUACCUCCAGCUGAGCCAUCUGCCCGCCGAUAUUCUCGCUGAGCGCCUCCCCGGUAUCUCUGAGACUGCCGGUAUUUUCGCCGGUGUCGACGUCACCAAGCAGCCCAUCCCCGUCCUGCCCACCGUCCACUACAACAUGGGUGGUAUCCCCACUCGCUACACUGGUGAGGUUAUCACGGUGGAUGAGCAGGGCAAUGACCAGGUCGUCCCUGGCCUCUUCGCCUGCGGUGAGGCCGCUUGCGUCUCCGUCCACGGUGCCAACCGCCUGGGCGCCAACUCCUUGCUGGACUUGGUCGUUUUCGGUCGUGCCGUCUCGCACACCAUCCGCGACAACUUCACUCCCGGCGCCAAGCUGAAGCCCAUCGAGGCCGAUGCCGGUGCCGACUCGAUCGAGGUCCUCGACCAGGUCCGUACCGCCGACGGCCCCAAGAGCACCGCCGAGAUCCGUCUUGCCAUGCAGAAGACCAUGCAGAGGGAAGUCAGCGUCUUCCGUACCCAGGAGAGCUUGGACGAGGGUGUCAAGCAGAUCACCGAGGUCGACCAGAUGUUCUCGCAGGUCGGCACCAAGGACCGCAGCAUGAUCUGGAACUCGGACCUUGUUGAGACUCUCGAGCUUCGCAACCUGCUCACUUGCGCUACCCAGACUGCCACUUCUGCUGCCAACCGGAAGGAGUCGCGUGGUGCCCACGCCCGCGAGGACUACCCCGACCGUGACGACCAGAACUGGAUGAAGCACACGCUCAGCUGGCAGAAGAAGCCUCAGGGCAAGGUCGACCUCUCGUACCGCCGCGUCAUCGGCACCACCCUCGACGAGAGCGAGUGCAAGCCUGUGCCGCCCAUGAAGCGUGUCUACUAA